GCAUGGCGGCGCACUGCUUGUUUCGAAUUCGUCAAGGCGUGCGAUCGCCGUUGCAGUACAUCGGUUCAACAUGCCCAUUGUGCAGGUAUAAGAGCAGCAAGCCGCCGAAAGACAUUCCAAGCAGCUAUGUUAAACCCAUCGCAGGAAUCGGUCAAUACGUUACCACGAAAUUUAGGUUCUUUCUCAGUGGAUAUGACAAAUUUCUUAAGAAAUUUCCGGUGGCGUACCGACUGCAUCAAAUGUUUCUUGUUGGAACUAGGGACCUACUCACUGGCAUCAAGGACUACAUGCGAAUAUCGCAAGAGCUGCGGAUGGGAAAAUCAGUUCGAGAGCUUUCCAGGAAGGAACUGGACUUGUACUAUAGAAUUCCCAAAGACAUGAUCAAGGUAGCACCUACAUUAGUGAUAAUAGCGUUGCCCGGAACAAAUUUCUUCAUGUUUCCACUUAUUUAUUGGUUUCCAAGGCAGCUGUUGACAUGGCACUUCUGGAGUCUGGAGCAAAGAGUAGAAUUUUCGGUGAUCGCACAACGAAAAAAGGUGUCCCAUUUCCGUAGUGUGUUUCGGCAGCUUCAAGCAGCUGUUCCUAAAGGUGACGAAGGAAAGGAGCCACUAGCAGUGUUCCACAAGCUCGGGAGUGGCACACAUCCGACCGUUGAAGAAGUAAUCCACAUGAAGCCGUUCUUCGAGGGCAAACCAUAUGGGCUUGACGAACUUAGUAGGAAGCAUCUCACGGGGCUCUGUAAAAUUAACGGAAUCAGCUCAUUCUUCAUCGGCCGCCGAUACCGUCUAUGGAAGCACGGAGGUUUCGUCAGAGAGAUGGACAAAGCCAUGGAGAGAGAAGGAGUUGAAACUAUGGACAUGGCUGACUUGCGAUCGGCUUGUUUUCUUCGUGGACUCAACCCCGUGGGUCUAAACAAAAAGGAACUGGUGCAGUGGCUGCAGAACUGGAUCAGGAUAUCUGCCAUCACAGAUGGAAGCAGUAUUUCCUUGCUACUUCACUGCCCGAUCUUCCUCGGCUACAAUUAUCCCAGCAACUGGAUACUCAUACACUGACACAGUGUCAAUGUAGACACCAUCUCAUACACAUCAACAAUUACCUAGUCUAGUCUUACGUCAAAGCUCUUGCAUUUCCCUGUUGCGUUGUCAAGAAACUGUGCUGUUGCCUAAAUGACAUCAAAACAUGCAAUGUUCUAAUCAAGAUCACUGUGAUAAAGUAUUUUUUUAUGUGUAAUAUAUGCUAAUGGAAGUGAGGAGUCUUCCUUUGUUUUAUUUCUCCCUUUCCAGCUGCUGGUAUCCUGGUGCUGGUAUCUGAACCUUGUCUGACACUGAAAGGACAGCAUACGCAAAAUAUUUUGCUGCUCUUCGAGUCUAAAUGAGAACUUUUGGCCAUGUAGGGGGGGGUAUGACCCCAGACUCAGCGCCCGAUUACUAAGCUACAACGCAUAUUUUAGAACAGCGCUUAGAAUAUGGUACAAUUGUAGCAAUAAAAUUUUGAAAUGAUUGUA